GAAAGGAGUUUGAGUCUCCUUUCAGGAGAGAAAGGCAGAGUAUAAAUCCCAACUCUUCUUCUUCUUCAUCUCUCAAGCUGAUGACAGGAAGCAGGGCUUGUGUGGAGGAUCUUUGUUUCUGUGUAGCCUCUCUCACUCAAACCCAGGCGUUCUCCAUGAAGUAACAUUUGCUCCAUAUGUUUUCAUCCUUAGUUUCAUGGUGUUUUGCCCCUUAAUUUGGAGAUCCUUUCUUGGAGACAUUGAGUGGUAGAACUAGGAUCUGAGGAUGGCACAGCAAUUGCACCCACAAAACACCUGUCCAUGUGUGCUAAUGACCUCCAUGCGCCAUGUGCCACCAUGGAAAUACGCCAAUACCAUGCGCCUGGGCCAGGAAACAAAAAAGCUGCCUCUUGCUUCCCCUUCAACGUUUUUGAGAUCCACAAAACUGUGCCGCUGUUCCUUCUCUUCUUGCUGUGCUCCUUCGCCGUAGCCAAAGAAGCCAUGCCGAACUAUUGCCACCAGAAGAGCUGCUCCUGCCGCAUUCUCGAGCUGCUCCACGGCAUGGGCAACCACGCGGCUGGCAUCCUGACCGUCGGCAAGCGGAGCGACCCGAUGCCCACCAAGGCUUUCCAGGACCGGCUCUAUCGCCUCCUGCAUGGCUCCAGCAAGCAAGCCGCUGGGAUUCUCACCAUGGGCAAGAGGGCAGCUGAGCUGACGGUGGAGCACCAGGGAGCACUGCUAGCACCGGUUUCCUAUGCUGCAGGGUUAGAUACAGCCAAAGCCUGCCUGGCGAAGGAUUUAGAAUCCUACCAGAAAAUGAGCAGUGGAGAGACAGUGUCCUAAGGGGUGUGCAAAGAUUUGCAAAUGAGGACAGUGGUUCCCAUGAGUCUUCUCUCUUGUCAAUCAUCACCACUGUUGCUAUUUAAUAUCAUUUGCAUACCAGGUGCUGUACCAGAGGUCCAAGCAGUACUCCCCUUGUUGUGUAAGAUAGCUCUUUCCAGCAUCUGUCACCUCUGCUGUUCUUUCGCAAAUAAAGCAAAGCAUUCUGUUUCCUA